AUGUCUGUCUGCGAGGAUAUGCUUCUCUGCAAUUACCGCAAAUGCAGAGUCAAACUUUCAGGCUAUGCAUGGGUCACAGCCUGCUCACAUAUCUUCUGUGACCAACAUGGCAGUGGAGAGUUCAGUCGUUCACCAGCAGUCUGCCCUGCUUGCAACAGUGCCCUCUCCGGCAAGUUAGAUAUUGUUCGGACAGAACUGAAUCCUUCUGAAGAAUAUAAAGCAAUGGUCCUCGCCGGACUGCGUCCAGAGAUUAUUCUAGACAUCAGCUCUAGGGCUCUGGCCUUCUGGACGUACCAGGUUCAUCAAGAACGGCUUUACCAAGAAUAUACCUACAGCAAGGCUGAGGGCCACCUGAAACAGAUGGAAAAAGUGUACACCCAGCAACUCCAGAGCAAGGAUGUGGAGCUGACAUCCAUGAAAAGUGAGGUUUCCUCCCUGAAGAAAGUACUGGAGGAAUACAAAAAGAAAUUCACUGAACUUUCAGAGAAACUCAUGGAGCGCAACCGUCAGUAUCAAAAACUUCAGGGCCUCUAUGACAGUCUACGCUUACGUAACAUUGCUGUGGCCAGUCAGGAGGCAGCUCAUGAACCCCCAAUGAUGCCUCAGCCAGCAGUCUUUGGUUUCCCUUUGGGAAAUGCUGCCAGGUUCCCUGGAGAUACAACACCUCACCAGGGCCAACAUGGUGAAGGGGAUUUCCAUUUCAAACCCUUCUUUGCUUCCUCUCCACCAAUGGGCGAGUCUGGCAACAGCUUCUUUUCUUUCAACUCCCCUGGCAAUGAUCUAGACCGCUGCCCAGGAGGCAACAGAGCCUAUAAAAUUAAGAGAAUGUAAUCUAGAAUGUAUAUGGGCACUUUAUUAGGCCUUUCUGAAGACUUUGAGACAAUGCACAAAAGCUCUUUUUAUGGACUUGAGAGUUUCACAAGAAACCAUAGACUGGACCUAAGAGAAAUCCAGCAGAUGCCAAUACCAAAUUCUGCUACAGCAAACCACAAAGCAAGGGGGUCUGCAUAGAGGAUUGCAAGAAUGAAUAUUUCAGUUUUAACCAAGUUAUUUUCAUGCCCCCCCCCCCCACAAAUCGGCUAUGACCUUAAUCUCAUUGUAUUUGAAAGUGAAAUGUGUUUAGAAUCAGGUUAUUAAGUUGUUUUGCUUAUCACUUGUAGAUACAGAUGUUUGGGGGGAAAUGCUGAUGUGUUGACCCUGAUUUUUGUGUAUGUUUCCUUGGCAAUACAGUCCUGUAUUCUAGUUCUUGCUGCUGGGCAAUAAUUGUCAACUCUUCCAAUUAAGUCAUUUUCUAC